AGACACACUCUUGAAAGCAGCAGCCAACCACAUAAGCAAAUUCAAAGAAAAAAAGAGAAAACCCAAACCAUUCAAACCAUCAACAUAUGUGGUCAGAAAAAUAUCCAAACUCAAAAACCUCACUAA